CCCGCGUCCUUGUCCACCCUGAUAUGUCUGAGACUGCACCUGUAGUCCCGGCAGAUCCAGGCUUAGCUUCAAUGGAGAAGCCUCCAGCAAAAAAGCGAGGGAAGAAGCCGAGCGGCCUGACGAGCGCACGGCGCAAGGCUCCAAGUCCUUCAUUGUCAAAGCUGAUCACGGAGGCGCUCUCGGCCUCUCAGGAGCGAGCGGGCAUGUCUCUGGUGGCGCUCAAGAAGGCGCUGGCGGCCGCCGGCUACGACGUGGAGAAGAACAACAGCCGCAUCAAGCUGGGCCUCAAGGCCUUGGUGAGCAACGGCACCCUGGUGCAGACCAAGGGCACCGGCGCCUCGGGCUCCUUCAAGCUCAGCAAGAAGGCUGCUGUUGAGGUCCCUAAGGGCAGGGCUAGAAAGCCCGCUUCUGCCAAGGCCAAGAAGGUGGUCUUGGAGCCCAAGUCUGCUAAGGGUACCAAGACCAACAAGAGGGCCAAGAAGCCAAGUGCAACAGCGGUUAAGAAAGCGGGCAGGAAGGCCAAGGCAGCCAAGGUUAAGCAGCAACACAAGAGCCCUGCGAAAGCAAGAGCCGGCAAGCCGAAACCCGGGAAGCCCAAGCUGAGCCAGAAAACUAACUCUCGGAAGGCGGCUUCGAAGAAGUGAGCUUUACUGCAACGCAGUUUUCAGAUAACCCAAAGGCUCUUUUAAGAGCCACCUAAAUAAUCUUA